UCACAGCUCUAGGCAGAGCCAGCAGAGCCAUUUUGGCUUCUACAUUACAGAGCACUCAAAGAUCUCUCCUCCAAGAAGCAGGCCUUAGCGGGCAUCCGGCUACACGAUAUCCCUCUGUGGAGCAAAUAAAGGAUCUUCUGUUUAACCGAGGGAAACCCAGACUGUUUUCACCAUAUCAGAGGAAAAACAGAAAAAGGAGAAUUUGAGAAGGCAUCGGUGGAGGUGAUUCUGUAGAGUCAAUAGCUGAGAGCUGCAUCAGAGGAUCACCAUUGUAGAGGUGAGCAGUGACCUGAACGUUUAAAGGAGGGCUCUGAACACACAGACGGAGGCACCAUGGCAGGGGCCUCGGUGAAGGUGGCGGUGAGAGUUCGUCCCUUCAACUCUCGGGAGAUCGGUAAAGAGUCCAAAUGCAUCAUCCAGAUGUCCGGGAACACAACCACCAUCAUCAACCCCAAAGCACCCAAAGAAAACAAAAGCUUCAAUUUUGAUUACUCCUACUGGUCACACACUUCGCCAGAAGAUAUCAACUAUGCUUCCCAGCAGCAGGUGUACAGAGACAUCGGAGAAGAGAUGUUGCUGCAUGCAUUUGAGGGCUACAAUGUCUGUAUUUUUGCAUACGGUCAAACUGGGGCCGGUAAAUCCUAUACCAUGAUGGGCAAACAGGAGAAGGACCAGCAGGGGAUCAUUCCACUGCUCUGUGAAGACCUUUUUACUAAGAUAAAUGAGAACAAUGACAACAACAUGUCCUAUUCUGUGGAGGUUAGUUAUAUGGAGAUCUACUGUGAGAGGGUACGGGAUCUUCUAAACCCUAAAAACAAAGGAAACCUACGUGUGAGAGAGCAUCCACUGUUGGGCCCAUAUGUAGAAGAUCUGUCCAAACUCGCUGUCAUGUCAUAUAAUGACAUCCAAGACCUGAUGGACUCCGGGAAUAAGGCUAGGACAGUAGCUGCCACAAACAUGAAUGAGACCAGCAGUCGUUCACACGCUGUCUUUAACAUCAUCUUCACCCAGAGGCGGCACGAUUCGGAGACAGACAACACUUCAGAAAAGGUCAGCAAAAUCAGUCUGGUGGAUUUAGCGGGCAGUGAGAGAGCAGACUCCACUGGAGCCAAAGGCACACGGCUCAAGGAAGGGGCAAACAUCAAUAAAUCACUCACCACCCUGGGAAAAGUCAUUUCAGCUCUGGCUGAGGUGGACUCUGGCUCUAACAAGAACAAAAAGAAGAAGAAGGUGGAAAGUUUUAUUCCUUACAGGGAUUCUGUGCUGACCUGGCUACUGAGAGAGAAUCUUGGUGGCAACUCCCGAACUGCAAUGGUGGCUGCUCUCAGUCCAGCCGACAUCAACUACGAUGAAACCCUCAGUACUCUCAGGUAUGCAGACAGGGCUAAGCAGAUCCGUUGUAAUGCAGUGAUCAAUGAAGAUCCUAAUAACCGUCUGGUGCGUGAACUUAAAGAUGAAGUGUCCCGUCUGAAAGACCUCCUCUAUGCCCAGGGCCUGGGUGACAUCAUCGAGAACAUAUCCGAUUACAAGAACCAUAUCAAUAAUGGCCAAGCUGUCAAUCAAAGAGGUGAUUUCUCCACAGUGACCAAUGCUAUGACUGGGAUGAGCCCCUCUCCAUCACUCUCGGCCCUGUCCAGCCGGGCCGGUUCCAUCAGCAGCCUGCACGAUCGCAUCAUGUUCAGCCCCGGGAGCGAGGAAGCCAUUGAGAGACUCAAGGAAACGGAGAAGAUCAUUGCAGAGCUCAAUGAAACAUGGGAGGAGAAGCUUCGCCGUACAGAGGCCAUCAGGAUGGACAGAGAAGCACUUCUGGCUGAGAUGGGUGUAGCAAUGCGUGAGGAUGGAGGAACUCUUGGAGUCUUUUCCCCAAAAAAGACUCCUCACCUAGUGAAUCUAAAUGAAGAUCCCUUGAUGUCUGAAUGUCUCCUAUACUACAUCAAAGAUGGGAUUACCAGGGUGGGCAGAGAAGAUGCCAGUAGUCGACAGGACAUUGUUUUAAGCGGGCACUUUAUUAAGGAGGAACACUGCACUUUCACCAGCACCACUGGACCAAUGGGAGAAGCUGUCAUUCUUGAGCCGUGUGAGGGAGCAGAAACAUAUGUAAAUGGGAAGAGAGUCACAGAACCCACUGUUCUCAAAUCAGGGAACCGAAUCAUUUUGGGCAAGAGCCACGUGUUCCGCUUCAACCAUCCUGAACAGGCCCGUCAGGAACGUGACCGAACCCCUUGCUCUGAGACUCCAGUGGAGCCUGUUGACUGGGCCUUUGCUCAGAGAGAACUCCUGGAUAAACAGGGCAUUGACAUGAAGCAGGAAAUGGAUCAGAGACUGCAGGAACUUGAAGAUCAGUAUCGUAAGGAGAGAGAAGAGGCAAACAAUCUACUAGAGCAACAGAGAUUAGAUUAUGAGAGCAGGUUAGAAGCUCUGCAAAAACAGGUCGAUCGAUGUUAUCCUGAUGCAGCAGAGGAAGAUGAAGAGCCUGAGGAGGAAGUGCAAUGGACGGAGAGGGAGACCGAACUGGCAAUGUGGGCUUUCCGCAAAUGGAGAUGUUAUCAGUUUACAUCCCUUCGAGAUCUUCUUUGGGGCAAUGCCAUCUUUCUCAAAGAGGCCAAUGCCAUUAGUGUGGAGCUAAAGAAGAAGGUUCAGUUCCAGUUCGUGUUAUUGACGGACACACUUUACUCUCCUCUUCCGCCUGACCUGUUACCGCCUGAAGCAGCUAAAGACCGAGAGAAAAGCCCAUUUCCACGCACCAUUGUAGCUGUUGAAGUUCAAGAUCAGAAAAACGGAGCCACGCAUUACUGGACCCUAGAAAAACUCAGGCAGAGACUGGAUCUGAUGAGAGAGAUGUAUGAUCGCGCUGCUGAGGUGCCCAGCAAUGCUGUUGAAGACUGUGACAGCGUGCUGACUGGAGGAGAUCCUUUCUACGAUCGCUUUCCCUGGUUUCGUCUGGUUGGAAGGGCGUUUGUCUAUUUGAGUAAUCUGCUGUAUCCUGUGCCUCUGGUCCACCGGGUUGCCAUCGUCAAUGAGAAGGGAGAAGUCAAAGGUUUCCUCAGAGUAGCUGUACAGGCAAUAUCAGCCGAUGAAGAGGCACCAGACUAUGGCUCUGGUGUCAGACAGUCAGGCACUGCCAAGAUUUCUUUUGAGGACCAGCAGUUUGAGAAGUUCCAGUCAGAGUCGUGUCCUUCUGGUCUUUCGCGUGCUGCCGUUUCUCAAGAAGAGUUGAGGAUUGUGGAGGGUGAAGGACAGAGCGCAGAGAUGGGACUGUCAGCAGAUGAGGUCAACAAUAAUACAUGUACAGCUAACCCAGAGGAGCUGGACAGCCCUGUCAAAGCAGGUCUUGAUGGGAUGCUGGACGGCGCUCUGGAUCACUUGAGGAUUGGUGAAGUCUUCACAUUCAGAGUUACUGUUCUGCAGGCGUCAAGCAUUUCCGCCGAGUACGCAGACAUAUUCUGCCAGUUCAAUUUUAUUCACAGGCACGAUGAAGCGUUUUCCACCGAGCCGUUGAAGAACACUGGACGUGGUCCACCGCUUGGCUUCUAUCAUGUGCAGAAUAUUGCAGUGGAAGUGACUAAGUCCUUUAUUGAGUACAUAAAAACUCAGCCAAUCGUGUUUGAAGUCUUUGGACACUACCAGAAGCAGCCUUUCCCUGCGCUCUGCAAGGAUCUCAUUAGCCCAUUGCGCCCAUGCAGACGGCAGUUCCCGAGGGUCAUGCCUCUUUCCAAACCAGUACCUGCUACCAAACUGACAGCCCUCACCCGACCCACAGCAGGACCAUGCCACUGUAAAUAUGACCUGAUGGUCUUCUUUGAGAUCUGUGAGCUAGAGGCUAAUGGAGACUAUAUCCCAGCAGUAGUGGACCACAGAGUAGGCAUGCCCUGCCAUGGCACAUUCAUGUUACAUCAGGGCAUCCAAAGGAGAGUUACAGUCACCAUAGUGCAUGAGACAGGGAGAGACAUUGACUGGAAGGAAGUGCGAGAGCUGGUUGUAGGACGCAUCCGGAACACGCCUGAAGCAGAUGAGGCAAUCAUCGACCCCAAUAUUCUCUCUCUCAACAUACUGUCUGCAGGAUACAUUCGACCAGCACAUGAUGACAGACAGUUUCUUGAUUCCGACAUGCCUAGGACAUUCUACCGGUUUGAGGCUGCUUGGGAUUCAUCCAUGCACAACUCUUUGCUGCUAAACCGUGUGACUCCUUACGGAGAGAAAAUCUACAUGACUCUUUCUGCUUACCUGGAGAUGGAGAACUGCACACAGCCCACAGUGAUAACCAAAGACUUAUGCAUGGUGUUCCACUCAAGAGAUGCCAAACUCCCAGCAUCUCGCUCCAUCAGAAACCUCUUCAGCAGUGGCACCUUGAGGCCGUCUGAAGGAAACCGUGUAACCGGUGUGUAUGAGCUCAGUCUGUGCCACCUUGCUGAUGCAGGGAGCCCAGGAAUGCAAAGGCGCCGCAGGAGGGUGCUGGACACGUCGGUGGCGUAUGUGCGAGGGGAGGAGAACCUGGCUGGCUGGAGGCCCCGCAGUGACAGCCUCAUCCUGGACCAUCAGUGGGAGCUGGAGAAAUUGAGCCUCCUGCAGGAGGUGGAGAAAACCAGACACUACCUCCUCCUUAGGGAGAAGCUGGAGUCCACCCUGCUGCUGGGCCAGGAGUCGCUGCUGUCCUGCGGGAGUGAGGAUCUAACCGAGUCCUCUUCUCCCUCCACUAACCUCGGCCUGGGCCACAACCCCGGGCCCGGCCCCGACACACCCAGUGAGAGGCAGAGGGAGCUGGCUGCAAAGUGUCUGCGUUUGCUUAACCACACAUUUAACAGGGACUACAGCCAUGUGUGUGUUAGCGCCAGUGAGAGCAAGUUGAGUGAGAUGUCAGUGACUCUCCUGAAAGACUCUGCCUCAGUGUGUGCCGAAAGCACCCUCACGCCCUCCUCCACAUGCCCUUCACUUGUGGAGAGCCGAUACAUUCACAACACUGAUCUCAGACCCCCAACACCCCGAUCUCGUGCUGUGAGCCCCAAUCUUGACUCUGAAACAGAUGGUAAGAAGACCCAAGAGCCUAGAUCAAGAACCCGCACUUUUGUGCCAGACAUUCAGGAAAUCCGUGUCAGCCCAAUUGUGUCAAAGAAAGGCUAUUUGCACUUCCUGGAGCCCCACAGUAAUGGCUGGGUUAAGAGAUAUGUGGUGGUUCGUCGGCCUUAUGUCUACAUCUACAACUCAGACAGAGACACAGUGGAAAGGGCCAUUCUUAACCUGUCCUCAGCACAAGUGGAGUACAGCGAAGACCAGCAGGCCAUGCUGAAGACCCCCUACACAUUUGCGGUAUGCACAGAGCAUCGUGGGAUACUCCUUCAAGCCAGUAAUGACAAGGAGAUGCAUGACUGGCUGUAUGCCUUUAACCCUCUGCUUGCUGGAUCUAUCAGGUCUAAACUGUCCAGAAGGAGAGCUGGGCAGAUGAGGUUUUAAGCCCACCAGAUGUAUACUCAAUGUACAACUCUUCAAGGACAAAAAACAAAAACACAAAGGACUAAACUUGUAAAUAGAGCUACAGUACUGACAGAUCCACACGUUUCUGUGCUUAAUCAGCUCUCUGACCCUCUGUUUCCUUCAUGUGUGUACCUGCACCUGUCCACACUCACAUCACCUGUGCACCUGUACAUUUAAAGCCCUUUGUUGUGCAUCUGCAUUGGCCUAAAUAUUCAACUUAUAGCGCCAACGGAACAGGCUAGCUAAUUCAUUGGCUUAGAGAUAGUAUGCUUACGUAGUCUUCAACAUUUAAGAAAGCUGGUGAUGGGAAUUCCUCAAGCAAACACGCGUCCAAAUUUGUUACUGUGAAGAGUGAAAUGCAUAUCUUGAGUUUGGUGGAUCACACAGCCUUAUUGUGUUACUCCUGACCUGUAAGUCUAUGGGUUUAAACUGGUCAGUAUUUAAGUCAGCAGAACGUAUGUUUAUUCAUCUCUUGGCUAUGGAAGAUGGAAUCGAUCAACGAUAAGCAGUUCUUAGCGAAAGGAGCAAAUGAAUCACGUCAUAUUACGCUCUUACUCUCUUUAAGUGCAGUUCUUGGCCACAGUACAGCCCAUCAUAAAUACCAAUAUACCUUUAUAAUGUUUCCUUUGUAAGGUCUUGAAAGCGUAUAAAGUUUUCAAAAUAAUCAGGACGCAUGAGGAGAAAAUUGGCAACAGACGAUGGUUGCAUUCUCAUAUCUCCGAACGAGAACCAUUAAAAAGAUUUGGCCUAUUUUUGUUGGAGUACUGGUCAGUAGAUUUAUCUCAAAUGUAUCAUAAUCCAGUCUAAUAUUUUAUAUAAAGAAGUAUCGGUAUCCCCAAAUGAUCUUAUAUCUGUCUAAUUUAUUUUUAAGAUUUCUAUUAAAGUCUUAUCUAGUUAGCUAUUUAUUUAACAUGUUUUUAUUUAUUUCAGCAUGUAUUUAUUGACAAAGACUGUAAUAUUUUUGAAGAAGUACAGUGCAAUUUCUGCAUAUGGCACUUUUUUUUUUAAUCAUGAGUUGACUGACCUCCAUUUUACUGACCUCACUGCUCUCAUUCCCCCCGACACGAUGAAAUGCAUUUGGGGAUCAGGUUAGAAGUGAAUGCUGGGAUAGCUGCUAUUACAAGUAGAUUACUUGAAUUUCACUUUUUAGUUAAAAAAAGGCUUUUGCUAGAUGUAUCAGGUAGAAAAGAAUCAUCAUUAUUGCCCAGGAUCCUAAAAGAGUGCUUUGUAUGGUGGUCAGUCUUGAAAGUUGAAAAGUUUAGAAGUUGAUCAGAUCAUACUGUAUGUCCACAACUGAUGGAAUUUUUAAAAUGCAUCCCAGAGAGUGAUGAGAUAUGGUUUUGUGCCUCUUGCAUCUUUUUUUUUUUUUAAGUUCAUCAUCUAACUGUAUGUCCUGUAUGCUUCUUUAACAGAACGAAUGUCUACUUUCAGAUUCACUCAUCAUUACCAUCGUUUCUCUUUGUGUGCAACCAUACAGUACCUGUUCGCAGGCAACAGCAGGUUUUUAGUUACUUUAACUUGCAUAUUAAGUUGGCAAAGUCUACUGUACAUUUCCUACGUAUAGGAUUUCUAAGGAUAUCUCGAUGGUGUAAAUAUUGCUUUACUCAAGUUCUUUAAAAUGAACAAAAAGAAGUGUAUUUAUUUAACAGGAAACAUUUUUCAGUGUCAUACUUAAGAAAUAAGCCCUGCUUGAAAUGCAGACUUUAAGCUACAAUCACUUUGAGACUGGUCUUCUAGGCUAUUUCGUAUUGGUCCCUGAUUCAUGAAUGGUCACAUAUCAUGAUUUUAUACUGUAUAGGACAGAGAAUGUUUUGCUGAAUAAAGCGCCAGUCUAAAUGAGGAGUGUUUUCAUUCUUAACCACCAUUUUAUAACUGAAAUACACUAGUAUAAAUGCAGCCUACAUUAGAAUGUAAACUUUCCUCAUCGAGACUAGUGUUUGUAUGUCUUACUCAUACAUUUUUCUGUUUUGCUAGCAUUCACGUUCUUAGCCUACAGGUUGCAUAAUGAUCACAUGAGUGGUACUUGACGAAUCAGGGAACAAUACACAAUAGUCCAUAAAACCAGUCAGAGAACAAAUGUGGAUAGCUGCAAUUCCAUUUUCAAAAGUUUGAGUUUCAGUAUUUUCUGAUCUUCAUCCUUUUCAAAAUGCUUCGUUUUUCACAGGUCAAAGUUUCCAGAGUACUGUGGACGCCAUGCAUAAACUUAACAAAACAAAACAAGUGAAAACACGCAAGUGUAAACAUCACCUCAGGGCCCCAUUUCAGAAAAGAGGUUAAGUGAAAACUCAGAGUAUGUUAACCCUGAAAUGAGAGAAAGUCUGGGCUUUCCAUUUCAAAAUGGCAGGUUUGUCAAACUCCAGAAAGCAGGGUAAGUUAAGCCUGAUUCUGAUAGAGAGGUAACUUUAACUCGGAGUCAGUUACCAUGGUAACUUACUCUGUGAACCUAACCUUGUCAGGAGCAGAUUUUUUUUUUCUCUAAACUCAGAGUUUCUGUCGGUCUCCUCUCCUUUUUUAAAGACGAAGUGGUAUUUCUCACCUUAUCCUUAGUCAUUCUUUGCCUACAUUUCAGUCACACACAGAACAAAGUUACAAGAAUGGCUUCUCCUAUUUUGGCAAAAUAACAAUUAAAUUCAAUACUAUAGUUUUAAGUUUUACCUUUGAUAUUACUGCAAAAAAUAAAUAAGCUUAAAUUUACUGACCUUUAACAGGGACAUUAACUGUACUUAAAUUAAUGGGAUUAUUACUCAUUCUAAAAACUAUUUUUUAGUACUGCUUACAUUCUAAAUGUCAUAUCAACCUCUACCACUUGAUCAAUAAAAAAGGACAGACACACAAGUGCACUUUUACAACUUUUAAAAAAGUAAAAAAACUUAACUUUAGAAAUUUAAUCUUAAACUGAUUAACGUGUGUAAAAGUGGGAACAUUAAAUUAAACAUUUCCACUGAACAUUAAGUUAAGGUUAUACGCAUUCUUGUUUUGUCAAAUUUGUUGUAGAAACUAUGCAGUAGCCUAUUUUAUGUAAUUUAAUGCAAUUACAUCUGAAAUUAUGGCCAAUUCCCCACUUUUUUAAGUGAAAAGUCAAUAAAUGUCACACAUUACAUUACUUAGUUUUUUUAUUAUACUUAAAUAUUGAAAUACUUUAAAUAUUUUAAAUGUAAACUUAUGCAUUAACUCGAGCAGCUAUGUUUUAUCUGUUUCACCGAUGCAGUGAUGUUGCUUUUUUUUUAAAAUAUAUGGUCAUGUUUGCUAUAACUUAUAAGUUCAGCUGGAGAAAAAAAUUCUAAUCUCUGUUUUUCAGAUGUUGCCAUGGUGACUCGUAAUAUCUGCACUCCAUUGAUAGUGCCUUAUUAUAGUCACGGUGUGUAUGCUAAACUAAACUAAAUUAGUCUACUCAGACUUGAUUGACCUAACUCACAUCAGCUGUUCUGAAACCGAAAACUCUGAGUUUUUAAUCUCUUGGUAAGUCAACUCAGUUCAACUUUAAACUCCGAGUUGAUUGAACCACCUUACUGAAACAGGCCCCAGGUCUGACUGUGUUGUGCUUAGGUGAUGUUUACGCUAAUGUGUUUUUGUUUUGUUACAGUACGUCUGGUUCCCACACUACUCUGACAUAUUUCACCAAUGAAAACUAAGCAUUUUAAAAAUAGUGUUUUAGUUUAGAAAUGCUGGCGUUCCAUUUCAGUGUAUACGGACCAAAACGGAAGCCUUUUGAAAAUGGAGGCAAGGCUAUCCAGAAUUGCUCACUGACUGAUCUUCUAGACUAUUGCAUAUUGUUCCCUGAUUGAUCAAGCCCUGCUCAUAUGACCAUUAUGCAACCUGUAGGCUGUAAGUAUAGAUGUCUGCAAAACAGUCAGCGUGUAUGGUCGCAAAUCAUGUGUUUUGGCUGUACAGUGUGGACAGAGAUCAGAUUUUUAGAAACACAAUAAAAAAUGCUAGUCUGAAUGCCACUUUAAAACAAAAAAGCCCUAGCGUAAAUGCCGCCUCAAUCUCAAUUGAUUUAUCUUGUGCACAACUAUCCUGGAGUUUACCUGAGAAAUAUUUUUGCAUGUUCAGAGAACAGAUCAGAUGUUCUUGCAGAGCUGGAUCUGGCAGCUUCAUGAGAAUGACUGAGGUCAACCAACCUACAGCGCAUACUCAAUACUGCAAGAAAACACCUCUGCUGAAAACACUGAUCUGUCUCUGAAUAGAUUCCAGAGAUUUAGGCUUCUGAUUCCAAAUAUUCAGUUAUUAAUAUUGGUAUUCCUGUAUCUUUGAGUACACAAGCAUAUCUCCAGUUUUUUUUUACUGAUAUGUCAAUCAAUUUCACUUCACUUUCAUGACCAGUUCAAAAUGAAUACAAGCAAUGCCUCUACUUUUAGAAACGUACAUACCUUAAUAAUAAGUUUGUAUGUGCGUGACAAAAUUACUUAAAAAAAUCACAUUCAGUUCAAGUGCACACUAGAAGUAAAGUGUUUUCAAUUUUGUCUUUGCAGAAAGUAACACAGAGAGCUGGAAGUAUAGCAUAUCCUGUAAUGUUUCUACAAGCUUUUCCAUAAAACACCCAUUCCAUUAUCAUUGAAUUAAUUUACCACAUCCUAAAGUAAAAGAAUUCAAUCAUUCGCAUAAUUGACACCAAAUAUUUGUGUGCUUCCGUUCUGCUUUUAUGCACAUUAUGACUCCAUUCAUAAGAUUUUUUUUUCUCUGUUGUUUUCUCGAAGUUUUACUUGCCUUGUAUAUAAACACGAUUGCUGUGAAUGGUGUAUAAUGCAGUUGUAUUUGGUUUGUACCAUCUUCAGUGGGCAGUAGUUCAAUGUCUCUUUCUGAGUGUUGGAGUUAUGAGUCAAAUGUUUGUGUACACUUAACACAUUGUCAGAUAUGAAAUAAAUGUGGAACUUAUGCAACACUA